CCCGUGAAUGUGAAUUCGUAGCGAAUUCUCAGCAGCUGAUAAUUCACACUUUUCGUAAAAUUCUGUGUCCGGGGUCGUUCGUUUUCGGAUUACCCUCUUCCUGGUGAUAAAAGCUGUGAGAAGCGGAAAGAAGAAGAAGAAGCAGAAAAUAGGGAAGUUCUGUGAUUGGGUGUUUCGGUGAAUGUGAGUGGGUCAUCUAAAAUUCCAAAAGGAAAAGCUCGAGUGGAAGUUUUCGCUCAAAAGAAAAAGAAAAGGGUGGUGGUUCUGUUGCUAUAAAUAUUCCAGGCAAAUAGUGGGGGAUUUGAAAGUGUGUGUGUGUGUAUCCAGAAAGAAAACGUCGAAGCCAACGAUAUAUAUUGACGUCUGUUUGGGCACCUUCUGGCGGAACUCGAUGAUGAAAUAGGGAUAUGGGAUCGAGAUAUAUGUUCAAGAUUCCCUUUGUAUAUUGAUGUUAACGUAACCAACGUGUCGGCUCGAAAGAAGAAGAAAAAAAUCGCAAUAGACGGCACGGGAAGAUGCCGUCAGGGAAUGUCCAGCGGACAGUAAAUUCCAGCACCAUAAGGGAUGACGGGUCCGUCACGAGAAUCUGCCCUAAUGCAACAGCAGUAGCAGCAUCCGAUGAAAGCCAACGUCAACGACCAGAAUGUCACCGGAAGUCGUCGCCAUCAUCAGUGCAUCACGAUAGCAGCAUAAUCAGCAGAUGGCGGCUAGGGUCGUUCCGGUCCGGCCGCGGGUUGGCACUUCUGGCGAUGGCGGCGGUCUUACUUCAGUUGGCCUCGGUCACCGUGGGCCAGUCCAGUGCCCCCCAGACCUGUCCGACGGCGGCCGACAUCAAUCCGUGUCAGUGUCAGGUGAAGAAGAAUGGCCUGGACAUCCUGUGUGAGGCGACCGAUGUGACGCACAUUACAAGGGCCAUGACGGCCCUCAAGGGGAAGAAUUCCAUCAUCUUCUAUCUGAAGCUGAGGCACAACAAUCUGCCGAAGCUGCAGGGAUUCGUUUUCCUGUCGCUCGACAUUCGACAUCUGACGAUACACAACAGCAGCCUGGCCGCAAUCGAGGAGACUUCGUUGAGCUCUUUGGGUCGUGGCCUCACCCAGCUGGAUGUGUCCCAGAAUCAGCUAAUGACGGUUCCCUCGAGCGCCCUGCGGAAUCUCCAUCAUUUGUUGAUCCUAAAUAUCAACCACAAUCGCAUCUCGGUCAUUCACAACCGGGCCUUCGAGGGGCUGGACACCCUGGAAAUUUUGACCAUCUACGAGAACAAGCUGACUUCGAUCGAACCGGAAGCCUUCCGAGGUUUAGAUAAAAAACUGAAACGGCUAAACCUCGGCGGCAACGACCUAACCGCGGUCCCCCAGAAAGCGUUGGCUCUGUUGGACAUGCUCCGAAAGCUGGAACUGCAAGAGAAUCGUAUCAAAACCAUUAAGGAGGGAGACUUCGAAGGUCUCCAAAAUCUGGACUCCCUCAUCUUGGCCCACAAUCAGCUCACCGAAGUUCCGCCCCGAGUCUUCAGCCAUCUGAUCCUGUUGAAUUCCCUGGAGCUGGAGGGAAAUUCGAUAUCCCACAUCGAUAAGGACGCCUUCGAGGGAUUGGAAGAAAACCUGCAAUACCUCCGGUUGGGCGAUAACAAUCUGCACCGGAUCCCGAGCGAAGCCCUCCGUCCCCUGCACCGUUUGAGACAUCUGGAUCUGCGCUCCAACAACAUCUCCUCCAUCAACGAGGAUGCUUUUGUCGGAUUUGGAGAUUCGAUUACGUUCCUGAACCUGCAGAAGAAUGACAUCAAGGUACUUCCGGCAAUGAUUUUCGAGAAUCUCAACUCCCUGGAGACGCUCAGCAUCCAGAACAACAAGCUGACCCGCAUUCCGGAGGAAGUGAUGGAACCCAUCAUGGAUUCGCUGCGUGUGGUCGACAUCAUGGAUAACCCCCUGAUCUGUUCCUGCGAACUGGUCUGGUUCCCGAACCUGCUGCGUGACCUGAAGAACCGGGACGACGAGAUGACCCAGAAGAAACGGCCAAUGUGCACCAUGGCCAACGAACAUCGGGAGUACUACGUGCAGGCGAUGCCCCUGGAACGGAUGAACUGCGUCGGCAAAAAGUACCAAACCUCUUCUCUGAGCGGAAACGGAGGAUCCCAGGAGGGAACCGGAGGGAGCCGGACAUUUCGGAGCCUCACGGUGGCCGCUGCCCUCUGGGCCCUGGUGGGGCGCCUUUGCUCCGUCAACUAGAGCACUUCUGGUGCGAUAAGCUAGUAGCCGAUAAGAGUAGGAGGACAACCGACCGGAACUUAGGGGGUAAGUUGACGCUUGCUAGCUGCCGUUGGAUCAAAGAAAGGAUGCAAAGAAAGAAGGUUUAAAUUGUGGCGGCGAAAAAAGCCAGGUGAAAAUCCAAAGAAUGGCGUGGGCGCUUGAGAGUGAAAAUUAAUCCCGGAACAUGUGGCGCGUGGAGGCGGAAAAUACAAAUGUUGCUUUAUUUUUUCCACCAAAAAACUUUCAACUUGUUUUCCGUUCUGUUUCAAUGUCUUUGAUCCCGUAACCGGAGAAAUGAAAAAAAAUGUCCUUUUCAACUUAAAAAAAAAGCUUUUCCCUCUCGUGGAACUUCAAAGUCAAACAGAAAAAAAACUAAGCUUAAACAAAUCCGGCAAAACAAACGCUGAAGCUCAUUGUGAAAGUUUAAAAGAAAAAUCAACAACAGUAAAAUAAAAGUUACGAAACGGGCAAAAGUCUCAUGUGCGACUGAGAAAACCCCAGGAAAAAAAAUCCAUUAAACACACUUAAAUAAUGUUCACCUUCAAAUUAAAUAACGCAAUCACGGGAGAACUCGAAGCGAAAAAAAAUCAUAAACAUAACCGUACAACUCGAAGAGGCAAGUUGAAGUAUAUCACAUUACCAAACAGUCUUUCAAAUGGUGUAAUCGUAAAUACGCGAAAAGCUGAAAAAACAUUUGGCGUACAUAAUUUUUGUUGCU